CGGUCAGAACUCAGAUCAACUCCUCUACCGAAGCUAAACUCUAGCUUUCACCACGAAAAGAAAGAACGAAAGGACGACUACGACCGGAGCCACUAGACGAAACCAGACAAGAGAUCAACUUGAUCACUAGAGGUUUCUCGAGCUCAAACUCAAAGACGAAAGGAAGACCUCCUCAUCUUAAGACUUACGGACAAACUAGAACCUAUUUCUACACGGAAGAAAAGAUGUCCACUGGAAUGGAGAAAAUGAUUUUGCUGCCUCUCCUGUGCAUCAUGCUCCCGUACCUGGCUGCAGGUCAGGAGUGCAGUGGCCAGUGCAUGUGCCCCUCCACCCCCCCUCAGUGCGCCCCUGGAGUGAGCCUGGUGCUGGACGGCUGCGGCUGCUGCAGGGUGUGUGCCAAACAGAUGGGGGAGCUGUGCACAGAGAAAGACGUCUGCGACCCCCACAAGGGGCUCGACUGCGACUUCGGAGCCCCCAUCAACAGGCGCAUAGGAGUCUGCACAGCUCGAGAGGGCGCCACCUGUGUGUUCGGAGGAAUGAUUUACAAGAGCGGAGAGACUUUCCAGAGCAGCUGCAAGUACCAGUGUACCUGUCUGGAUGGAGCUGUCGGCUGCGUUCCUCUUUGUGCCAUGGACAUCCGCCUGCCCAGCCCUGACUGCCCCAUGCCCAGACGGGUGAAGGUGCCAGGGAAGUGCUGCGAAGAGUGGGAGUGCGAUUCUCCCUACAGACACAGCUUCAUGGGCUCUGUUCUACCUGCCUACAGAGAGGAAGAGACCUACGGCCCAGAUCCCUCCUUGAUGAGAGAGAACUGUCUGGUUCAGACUACUGAAUGGAGCGCCUGCUCUAAGACCUGCGGCCUCGGCAUCUCCACCAGGGUCACCAACGACAACCGCGAUUGCCGCCUUGAGAAACAGACCCGACUGUGCAUGGUGCGACCCUGCGAGUCCCAGCUGGAGCAGAGCAUCAGGAAAGGGAAAAAAUGCAUCCGCACUCCCCGACUCUCCAAGCCCAUGAAGUUCGAGAUCUCCGGCUGCACCACCACCAAGUCCUACAGGCCCAAGUUCUGCGGUGUGUGUCUCGAUGGCCGCUGCUGCACCCCCCACAGGACCACCACCCUGCCCAUGGAGUUCAAAUGCCCCGAUGGUCAGGUCAUGAAGAAGCACAUGAUGUUCAUCAAGUCCUGCGCCUGCCACCACAACUGCCCCGGGGAGAACGACAUCUUCGAGUCCAUGUAUUACAAGAAGAUGAUGGGAGACAUGGCCUGAGCCACUGAGGGACGAUCCCAGCUUAUGACUUGAAGAACAAACAAAGCAGAACUACAUCUCAUUUUGCAGCUCAGUAUAUAUGUUUUUGUCAUGUUUUAUUUUGUCAUUGUAAAAGUAGACCAGACACUUGUCUAAGUGGCUGUGUAUUCUAUGGCCGGUGCAAAUCGGCCACAUAGACUCAGACAGAGGGUUGCAUAGCAACUCCGAGAGAUUCCUGCACUAUAACUUCUACUUUUGACAAACCUGCUGCCAGGUUUUACGCCCAUUCCCCUUGAUUUAUCCUUUACAAACCCAUCCAAUUUUUACAGUAUGCAUUUUUUGUACCUUAUCUAAACCUUGACUCCUCUAAAAAUGAGGGGUCUGAUAACUCCCCCCCACCCCCAGACCUGCAAACUCUAAGCAGCUGUAGAGGGAGCACGCAGACCACAGCAGGCCAGUGUUCCCCUGUCCAAACAGGUCUGAAUGUGUCCUUGUGUGUGUGCGUGCGUGUGUGUGUGUUUGUGUUAGCCUGAAUGUCAGCCUUGUCUGUACAGACGCUGUUCACUCUCCUCCCAGUGUAGAGGAAAGGUCAGAGUUUCCGCCCAGCAUGUGGAUGAGAGAGCAGCAGCGUGCUGAGUUUAGGGUUAGAUAUGGAACACAGUGGGCUUUGCCACAGCACUGAGGACAAAAAAAGACACAUGUUGACUUUUAUUAUAAAAAAAAAAGAUAUGACUAUUACUGAUUCAGGUCAGAAGGAAGAAACCAAGUGUUUAUAGAAACUAUUUUGUAACAAAAAUAGUUGAGAAGACUGGAAGAAUUGCAAUUUCAUUCCUUUUUUAUUGUUGAUGUGUAAAUGAUGUAUAUAUUUGUACAGUUUAAGUUAAUUUAAAAGCCAAAUUUGUUCUGUGCUUCGAAAUGUAUCGAUAGUGUGUUUUGUGUCGAUGGUGUUUUUCACUAUUUUAUUGAGAAGUGUGACAAAAAUGUUACAUGUUUUACUUUGUAGCUGGAAAUAAAAUGUUAUAUAUUUUUAUACAAA